AGUUCCAUGCAAGACGAAUCCGCUCUCUGGGGUAGCGUUAGCUGUGGUGGAGCUUCCGUGACGCAGGGCCUGCCUCAGGCUAGACUAGCACUACGUUAGCUUGGUGAAGGGCGCCAUGAUCGCUAAAAUGCAAUUCGCAGUCGCGCCUUUGCGUGCAGUUUGAUUCUGGACACUCGAAACCGGGCAACCAUCCAUAUCCGCGCAUUUCUUUCGGGCAUCCAACUUCUGACUGAACCACAUCCAACGCGUAGCAUGAUGGAUCCAGCACACGCUUCGGAUGCGACACAGGAUGCGCCAGUCGUCUUCCGUGGCAAGAAGCGGAAGUUCUUAAGGCAGAGACCGGCGGACGAGGAUGUUUCGAGUGUCCAGGCAGAUGCAGCGAACGACCCGGCGGUGAAUCGAGACGGUGCGGCACAAAAUGCGAUGGCGAAAGAGGUCGAGGACAACCCAUCGGUGGCAGAGAUCAUUAGACGGCGAAACGCACGGAAAUCACGUAUGAAGGGCGUCGGAUUCGGUGCCGACGUUGCGCAAAGCAGCACCGCCACUGCAGACGACGAGCUCACUUUGAUGAUACGAGAAGAGGAACAAAAAGCGACUGAGCUGGCCAAUGGGGGUGUCAACAAGCGUUUCACCGCGCAAACCGGAUUGUCUAGCGACCUCGUGAAUAAGCAUAUGACUGAAUUUAUAGAAUCCGAACUGGCCAAGCGAAAGUCAGCCGCCUCAUCAAGUCAUGGCACUUCACAAGGCCCAUCAUCUGAGUGUGCUACGGCUAGCAUCCCGAUGGAAGCGAGACACGAUCUUCCAAUACCCACUUUCGUACGAGGACAACUUCAGGAGGUCGAUCUUGGCGACGAUGUGCGAAGCAAAAACGAGAUAUUGACGGAGCGUGCCCGACGGAAACUCCAAGGCGAGGUAGUAGACGAGGAACAGUCGUCGCGCCCCAAGAAAGUCAGGCUGGGCCGUGAUGGCAAGCCUUGGAGGACUCGUAACAGAAGAACUAGCGACGACAUCAAGCGUGACCAACUUGUGGACGAGAUUCUCAGAGAAAACAGACUGGAUGUCUACGAGACGCCAACACCACCUGCAGCGACUACGCCCGGCGUGGACCAUGAUGAAGCAGCAGAUGAUCGCCUAGCUGAAGAAUUCCGACGAGAGUUUCUUGAAGCCAUGGCGGAGAGGCAGCAGAAGAAGAAGCCCGUCCCAGCUGCAAAGAAGGAUGAAGAAGUGCUCAAGGGUCCAAAGCUUGGAGGAAGUCGAAAUGCAAGAGCUGCCAUGCGUGAUCUGAUGCUGAAGAAAGAAAAAGAGCAGCAGGCCAGGAGAUAAUCUAAAAGCCGCACCUGUAUUGGACAGUCUAUUACUUUAGAAAAUGGGGCUGGGCUCACUAUAAUGCAUUCUAAACCCUCCAGCACUCGCAAUUAU